GUGGAGAGAGGCGCACAGAGCAGCUCAGACUCGGAGCGACUCAGGGACCAGCGCAGCAGCUUCUCUCUGUGUCCAAAUCAGAAGAGCCGAGAGCAGAAUGUGAGCGUCUGGGACUGGGAUGGAUUGCAUGGAGCUGCAUUUAUCAUAAGACUGAAAAACUUGCCACUGAUCUGAGUGGCUGAAGACAGGAGUCCGAAUUCAGAAAGUGAGGAUGAGGUUGCUAUGGAAACUGCUAGCGUUUCCCUGGUUGGUGUGUCUUGCAGAUGAGCUCACUCUGCAGGGCCCGGUCUUCACUCAGGAGCCCCCCAAUAUCAACUUCCCUCUGGAUUCAGAGGACCGAACAUUGAGGCUAGUUUGUGAAGUACAGGGACACCCCAAACCUGUUGUAAGAUGGAGAGUGAAUGGAACUCUUAUGGACGAAGCCCAGGAUUAUCGGUACCGCGUUCUGGACAGGAGCUUGAUCAUUGCGUCUCCAGACAGGAACAGGGAUGUUGGCACUUUCCAGUGCGAGGCCACCAACUCAUUGGGGACCAUCCUUAGUCGGGAGGCUUAUGUUCAGUUUUCAUAUCUCGACUCAUUCCAGACCAGAACCCGCAGCACAGUGUCUGUACGAGAGGGGCAGGGAAUGGUGCUGCUGUGUGGCCCCCCUGCUCAUUCCGGAGAGCUGGUUUAUGCGUGGAUCUUUAACGAAUACCCGCCAUUUGUACAGCAGGACAACCGUCGCUUUGUGUCACAGGUUACGGGGAAUCUCUACAUUGCCAAAGUGGAGCCUUCUGAUGCUGGAAACUACACUUGUGUUGUCACAAACACCGUCACGAACACCCGGGAACUGGGGCCCAGCACCCCUCUCACCCUUAGGACUGAUGGUGUGAUGGGAGAAUAUGAACCCAAAAUUGAAGUGCAUUUCCCUGAGUCUGUCCCAUCGGCCAAAGGCUCCACAGUCAAGCUGGAAUGUUUUGCUUUAGGAAAUCCUGUACCCACAAUUACCUGGAGGAGGGCAGAUGGUAAGCCAAUCUCACGCAAAGUACGGAGGCACCGCUCCAGCGGGGUACUGGAGAUCCCCAAUUUCCAGCAGGAGGAUGCAGGGCCGUACGAGUGUGUUGCUGAGAAUACACGAGGGAAGAACAUGGUGCGAGGGCAGCUCACAUACUUUGCCCCACCUACCUGGGUUCAGAAGAUUAACGAUGCUCACAUAGCCAUCGAGGAGAAUAUCCUCUGGGAAUGCAAAGCUAGCGGACGCCCUAAAGCCUCCUACACAUGGCUUAAAAAUGGCCAGCGCCUGCAAAGUAAAGGACGCCUACAGAUUGAUCACGGAAGCCUCACAAUCACAUCUGUCAAUAUUUCUGACUCCGGCAUGUAUCAGUGCUUGGCAGAAAAUAAACACGGGACCAUUUAUUCCAGUGCUGAGCUGCGGGUUAUUGCUGUGGGUCCGGACUUUUCCAAGGGAUUUGUGAAGAGAGUCACCCUGGGAAAGGUUGGGGGUUCGGUCCUUAUUGAGUGCAAACCAAAAGCAUCUCCCAAACCCAGCAUCACUUGGAAGAAGGGCAAGGAACUGCAAAGGGAGAGCUCCAGAAUCUCGAUCUUGGAUGAUGGAACUUUAAAGAUUUCCAACCUGACUAAGGCAGAUGCUGGGAGUUACACCUGUACCGCUAGCAAUCACUUCGGAACAGCCAGCAGCACAGGGACCCUGGUGGUCAAGGACCCUACUCAGGUUUUGGUGCCACCAUCCAGUAUGGAUGUUACGGUUGGUGAAAGCAUUGUCUUGCCCUGCCAAGUAUCCCAUGACCACUCAUUGGAUAUUUCCUUCUCCUGGGUGUUCAAUGGACAACUCAUCGACUUCCAGAAAGAUGGAGAGCAUUUUGAGCGUGUGGGGGGACAGGACUCAGCAGGCGAUUUAAUGAUCAGAAGCAUCCAGCUGAAGCAUGCUGGGAAAUAUAUCUGCCUAGUCCACACGAGUGUUGACAAACUGUCUGCAGGGGCUGAUCUCAUUGUGAGAGGUCCUCCUGGGCCACCAGAUGCUCUCACUGUGGAAGAGAUCACCGACACCACGGCUCAGUUAUCCUGGAUGCCUGGAGUGGACAAUCACAGCCCCAUCAUCAUGUACUCUGUACAGGCUCGGACCCCCUUUUCAGUGGGGUGGCAGGCAGUCAGCACAGUUCCGGAAGUGGUGGAUGGAAGGUCCUUCACAGCCACUGUGGUUGGGCUGAGCCCUUGGGUGGAGUAUGAGUUCCGUGUCAUUGCCAUUAAUGAGAUUGGCAUUGGAGAGCCCAGCCCCCCAUCAGACAAGAGGAGGACAGAGGAGGCAUUGCCUGAGGUGACCCCUGCUAAUGUCAGUGGAGGAGGAGGCAGUAAGGGUGAGCUUGUCAUCACAUGGGAGCCUGUGCCAGAGGAGUUGCAGAAUGGCGGAGGGUUUGGGUAUGUAGUUGCGUUCCGACCAUUCGGCACUAUAAGUUGGAUGCAGACGGUGGUGGCCUCAGCCGACUCCUCCAGAUACGUUUACAGAAAUGAGAGCCUCCCACCUUUCUCGCCAUAUGAAGUCAAGGUUGGAGUGUACAACAACAGAGGAGAAGGACCUUUCAGCCCACUGACAGUAGUGUACUCUGCAGAGGAAGAGCCAGGCCGGGCCCCGGCAGGGGUCUUUUCUCGGAGUCUGACUGCAUGGGACAUUGAGGUGUCGUGGAUAGCUGUCCCUGGGAGCCUCAGCAAAGGAAGGAUUCAAGGUUAUGAGGUCCGUUACUGGAAGCAGAAUGAGAAGGAACAGAAUGCCCGCAAGCUUCGGACUCUAGGAAACCAAACCUCCACCAAACUGAGCCAUCUGCAGGGCCACACCCUGUACCAUCUAAAUGUACGGGCCUACAACAGCGCGGGGACUGGCCCAGCCAGCACUACUGUCAAUGUGACCACCAGGAAGCCACCUCCAAGUCAGCCACCAGGAAAUAUUAUCUGGAACUCUUCAAACUCCAAAAUUAUCCUUAACUGGGACCAGGUGACAGCACAGGAAGAUGAGUCUGAGGUUAAAGGUUACAGAGUUCUCUAUCGGUGGAACAGGCCGGGUGGAGCAUCUGUCAUUGAGACCAAUCAGACAUCAGUGGAGCUGUCUCUGCCAUAUGAUGAAGACUACAUCAUUGAGAUCCGAUCAAUCAGCGAAGGAGGAGAAGGCAGCAGCAGUGAACCAAUCCGCAUCCCUCGGAUAUCCAAUGCUUAUGCACAAGGAUCAGGUGCUUCCACGUCCAAUGCCUGCACCUUAUCUGCCAUUAGCACCCUAAUGAUCUCCCUCACUGCGCGCUCCAGUUUAUGACCUCGAGCCUCUCAGACUCGUAGAGAAGCCCAUCUUAUUCCCGGAGAAUGGACACCAAUUCUGCUCUACAAGUGACGGCUCCGUACGGAAUAUCCUGAGAUUUCCCUCAGCUUCUGAGCUUCCUCCUCUCCCUACGGGGAGGAUCUUAUGCACUGACGACAUCUGGAAUACGAUGUUACCAAAGCAGUUUACAUGCCGUAUAUGCAUAUUUUUUAUUAUUAUAUAUCUAGUGUUUUAUAGAGUUUUUUAAAGUUAACAUGAUGUAGAUAUAUACGUUUUUUGCUGUAAAAUGCUGCAGGUGACUCAUAUGAUUCUCUUCUGUCCUUUCAGUCUUACCCAGGGAUUGCUAGCCUGUGGUCUUCCUGAACUCUGACCCUCAGCACCGCAGUGGUCCUUGCUGAGAGUAGGAGUCCAGAAGCAGCAGGCGCUGAGCCACAGGAUGGAGAUCCCUGCCUUAAAUAACAGUUUAUUACCCUGGGAUGGGCAUCUUUUAUAUGUUGCACUCUUCCAAUCUGUUUCACAUGCCCUGAUCCCUUUUCAAAGUAGGAGUGUUGUUAAAGCUAAAAUGAUGUCAUAAACAAAUGUUUUCCAGCAGGCUACGGAAUGCUCGCAAGCACCACAGGCUCCCUGGUGUGGUCCUUCUGCAGAAAGGGCCACAAAAAACCUUUGAUGUCGGAGUGAAACAAGGGCCUUAGUUUGGUCUCUUCUCUGGGAACUUCAGUCGUAUGUAAUUUCCAGCUCUAGUAUAAACAGGGCAGGGUGUAGGAACCUGCCCCAUAGAGGUAUCUGUGUUUACUGGGGGGUUUUAGGUCCCUUUGGUCUGAUGAAGUGACAGCCAAGUUCAAUGAGAUGCACAUCUCAACGACAGAGAAAGUCAUCAUUCUUUCAGCUAAAAACAAAUGUCGGAAAUAUAUAAUUGAGCCUAGAGGGGUUUAUAAAAGGGGAAAUAUAGCAUAAGCACAAGUUGCUAUAAUAUGAAUGAGAAUUUAGUACCUUUGCGAAAUAUAUAUAUUUUUUUCUGCCAUUAAUUAACAGAAAGUUAGCUAUUUGCUGAUUCUUUGGACAAAGUGUCUUACUGUUGUACUUCUCACUUUCUGUCCUGCAUAGCAGGAAGCUAUUCCUGUCCUCCUAUUGUAAGGCAAUUAUAAAACACAGCAAAAAAUGGCUUAAAGGGGAACUGUCAAUAAACAUGCACCCAAACUGUUGUGGAUGUUUAAUUAUUUCUUUUUUCCCCUAUAGUUUUUUAGACAUAAAUGUUUUUAAGUGUGGCUCCUCAACCUAAUUUAUUUCCUAUGGCCAUGCUGUUUGUCAGACAUUGCAGAUCUCUGGUAUCAGCCAAUUAGAUAAGGUUAAAUCUGUCAGUGACUCACAGCAUGUGUGUGCUCUUUGCAAAGGUUAGGUUGAGGCGCUCACAGAUAAAAUACUAUAAGAAAACAAAUACAGGUAUGGCAUCCCUUAUCCGGAAACCCGUUAUCCAGAAAGUUCCGAAUUACGGAAAGGCCAUCUCCCAUAGACUCCAUUAUAAGCAAACAAUUCUAAUUUUUUAAAAUGAUUUCCUUUUUCUCUGUAAUAAUAAAACAGUACCUGUACUUGAUCCCAACUAAGAUAUAAUUACCCCUUAUUGGGGGCAGAACAGCCCUAUUGGGUUUAUUUAAUGGUUAAAUGAUUCCCUUUUCUCUGUAAUAAUAAAACAGUACCAACUAAGAUAUAAUUACCCCUUAUUGGGGGCAGAACAGCCCUAUUGGGUUUAUUUAAUGGUUAAAUGAUUCCCUUUUCUCUGUAAUAAUAAAACAGUACCUGUACUUGAUCCCAACUAAGAUAUAAUUACCCCUUAUUGGGGGCAGAACAGCCCUAUUGGGUUUAUUUAAUGGUUAAAUGAUUCCCUUUUCUCUGUAAUAAUAAAACAGUACCUGUACUUGAUCCCAACUAAGAUAUAAUUAAUCCUUAUUGGGGGCAGAACAAUCCUAUUGGGUUUAUUCAAUAUAUGAAUGAUGUUUAGUAGACUUAAGUUAUGGAGAUCCAAAUUACAGAAAGAUCCCUUAUCCGGAAACCCCAGGCCCCGAGCAUUCUGGAUAACAGGUCCCACACCUGUAUUACGUACACGAAUGCAUUUAUUAAACAUCCACUACAGUUUAGUGAUUCCUUUUAUUACACCAUAUAUUGUUUUGCUUAACAAAAAAAAUGUCUCGAGUGCAAACAAAGUGUUCUCCCUCGGUCAUCAUAUGGACUUCAAAUUUCUUUUGUUCCUAAAAAGCAAAAAAAAAAUUGAAAUAAAUAUUUAUGAAUGUUACUAAAUAAUCUCUCACACAGGAGCAAGUUGUUCCUUCACUAGAGGUUUCUUUUCUUUAUGUAUCAUUGGUGUCGUGAUAGAGAAUAAGGCUUUAGCGGAGGAGGAAAUGGACGUUUCAGAUGCUGUUGAUGCAAAAAAACGUUUUUUACAUUAAAAAGUUGCAUAUGUUUUUCUCCAUAUGAAAACAAAGUACAGGUAUGGGAUCCCUUAUCCGGAAACCUAUUAUCCAGAAAGCUCCGAAUUACAGAAAGCCCGUCUCCCAUAGACUCCAUUUUAAUCAAAUAAUUCAGAAUUUUAUAACUCAUUUCCUUUUUCUCUGUAAUAAUAAAACAGUACCUGUACUUGAUCCCAACUAAGAUAUAAUUACCCCUUAUUGGGGCAGAACAGCCCUAUUGGGUUUAUUUAAUGGUUAAAUGAUUCCCUUUUCUCUGUAAUAAUAAAACAGUACCUGUACUUGAUCCCAACUAAGAUAUAAUUACCCCUUAUUGGGGGCAGAACAGCCCUAUUGGGUUUAUUUAAUGGUUAAAUGAUUCCCUUUUCUCUGUAAUAAUAAAAAAGUAACUGUACUUGAUCCCAACUAAGAUAUAAUUACCCCUUAUUGGAUGCAGAACAAUCCUAUUGGGUUUAAUUCAUUUUUUAUUGAUUUUUUUAGUUUAGUUAAGGUAUGGAGAUCCAAAUUAAGGAAAGAGCCCUUAUCCGGAAUACCCUUGGUCCCGAGCAUUCUGGACAAUGGGUCCUAUACCUGGGACCCAUUAUCCAGAAUGCUCGGGACCAAGGGUAUUCCGGAUAAGGGGUCUUUCCGUAAUUUGGAUCUCAAUACCUUAAGUCUACUAAACAAUCAAUAAAACAUUAAUUAAACCCAAUAGGAUUGUUUUGCAUCCAAUAAGGAUUAAUUAUAUCUUAGUUGGAAUCAAUUACAAGGUUCUGUUUUAUUUCUACAUAGAAAAAGGAAAUCAGUUUUAAAAUUCUGAAUUAUUUGAUUAAAAUGGAGUCUAUGGGAGAUGGGCAUUCCGUAAUUCGGAGCUUUCUGGAUAACGGGUUUCCGGAUAAGGGGUCCGAUACCUGUAUAUGUAUCUACUGCUCACAAACUGGUUACCAGCUCUGGAUCACUGCACAUUGUCUCACAACAUUUCCUAUGAAAAGAAACGGAAAAGGUAACAUUAUUGGGGGUGCCAAGUUAUUAGAUACCCCCGCCCCCCAAUGAAUGUAGUCUCUUUCUUAUAAACUUUGGUGAGUGCUGGGCCGCCAUCUUCUUCCAGGCAUCCCUGUCAGGCCUUUUCCCAAGAUUUCCAUACUGCGCAUGUGUCCUCCUACAAUUGGUACAAUCCCGGGGUAGUAGGUACAUGGCUAGAAUAACUGGGUGGUACUGAUCAACUUGGCACCCAAUGAUUUUACCAUCCCUUCUUUUUCAAUUCAGAGAAGAUGGAAGAACCCCCAAAGUGGCAUUCGCACAAAAUGGGAAUUGGAGCAGAGCUAAAUGUUUCCUUACACCAGAAAUUCAUAAACAAACAAAUAGAAUAUGACUUUCUACUCCAUUAAUCUUUCGCACUCCGGUUUUGCUUUUCUCCACCUCUGUGAAUAACCCUCCCAGACUAUUGGUUGUAUUUUUCAAAGUUCUCCCUCUCCCGGCUUUUCUGUUUCUGUUUCUUUUCUGAAAAAAAAAA